AGAAGGUUCUGGCAGCCGCGGCGGGCGGAGCGGGGCGGGGGUGUCGGCGGCCCUUGCAGCGGCGGUGGCGGUGCUGCGCGGCCCGAGCGUCUCGCCAUGACCCGUGGGAACCAGCGUGAACUUGCCCGCCAAAAGAACCUGAAGAAGACUCAGGAGAACCACAAAGGAAAAAGGAAAGAGGAUAGCUUGUCUGCUUCUCAGAGAAAACAGAGAGACUCUGAAAUUAUGCAGCAAAAACAAAAAGCAGCGAAUGAGAGGAAGUCUCUGCAGACAGGAGCAAAAUGAGCUGAGUGCACCAUUGAAGCAGGAGGGCCUGGAAGAUCAUUCAGAAAGCUGUCUGGCCAUGAAUGGAUGAAACAUCUAGUUGUUCAACUAGCAUUAGAGUAUUUUCUGGUUAGCAUAGUCUUAGUUGUCUGGAGUGCUGUUUCAAAACUGACUACACACUUCUGCAUGCACAUGAAUAAUUGUACCAGUUGUACCAAGCAAUAGCUUUUCUGCAGCUUUUGCUGCAUUUGUUGUUGCACCUGAAGGUUCCAUGAACAAUUUCUGAAUCUACAGUUAGACCAGAUUUUGUCUUACUUCUUGAAGUACACCUUCAUUUAGAAUGGAACACAUUGUAAAAUGUGCUUCACCUGGCAGAGGUCUCAACUGUAAAUCUCAUCUUAAAUUAUUUUUACAAUAAAAUAUUGCAUGCACUAUGGUCUAAUCUGCAA